AUGAAUAUAACCUAUUAUAGAAAGGUUAAUAUAGAUGGUUCCCUCAACCCCAGAAAUUGGCUAUCUUAUAGCACUACUUUAGACAAAAUCUUUUGUCUAUAUUGUAUUAUGUUUGGUGGCCCUAAGUCCAAUACUUUUUGGACUCAACAUGGGGUAAAUAAUUGGAAAAACAUAAAGCGUGACUUAGAGAGACACGAAGCAUCUUCUCUUCAUAAAGAUUGUGAAUAUGCAAACAUGACUUGGCUUGCAAAUAAACGCAUUCAAGAUCAUUUGCUAUCAAAUAAACUUGAUAUAAUCAUGGAAAAUCGUAAUAUAGUUCAUAAUAUUAUCAAUGCCAUUAUGUACCUUAUAAAAUGUAAUAUAGCCUUUUGGGGUUCUAAUUCGAAUGAAGGUAAUUUUAUGUGUCUAAUAAAAUUAAUGGCAAAAACGGUUCCAACUUUACGUGCAUACAUGGAUAACAACGAAAAAUUGCGGAGAAAAAAAUCAGAUAAAAUUUCGAGACCUUAUAUAAAUUUACUGUCAUAUGGCCACGUGAAAAAAAUAACUGAAAUUAUUAAUAUAAAAAUAACAAAAAGCAUUAUUCAAACAAUUAAAGAGAAUCGUGCCUAUAGCAUCAUAUUAGAUGGAACAUAUGAUGUGUCUAAAAAAGAAUGCAUAGCUUUGCUUGUACGGUAUAUAGAAGAUGAUCUGCAUCCACAUCCUGUAGAAAGGAUCAUACAUGUUUUUACAACAUCAGAAACCACUGGGGAAAAUAUAAAGAAACAUGUUUUUUCUAAGUUUAAUGAUCUUGGUCUUCCUCUUGAUUAUUUGGUUAAACAAAGUAUGGGUGGUGCAGGGAAUAUGAGAGGAGUAUACAAAGGAAUGCAGGCUUUAAUAUUGAAAGAGGCUCCAAAAGCCAUCUAUAUUUGGUGCCAUGCACAUCGGCUAAAUUUAGUAGUUGCUCAUGUUUGUGGAUGCAAAAUUGAAAUGAAAAAGGCAAUGGGAAUAUUAGAUGAGUUAUAUAAUUUUAUGAAUGGAGUUAGACGUCAAGGUGUAUUUGUUAAAUAUCAAAUGAGAAAGUCCAAGAAAUCUCUUAAAAGAAUUAAAAACACAACAAGGUAA